CCAUCUCCACUCAAUUCCAGGUUGUUCUUACAUUGCAAUUGAUUAUUUUUAGCGUCUUCAUAGACUACUUUUCAAAGCUUACAAUUUCCCGUAAGAUGCAACAAGUUGGAAGCAAUGGGUUGAACUGCAGUCUAUUUUGAAAUACUAAUGGUUAUCGUCAUUCAUGACCUGCGAACACAAUUUGAGAACGUAAACCAGAAAGAUUGGUCAAAGAAACCGCACCAAGAAGCGAAUCAUAUUAUUAUCAUCUGUGCCUCCUGAAACGAAGCAGAUGACGGCCUCAAUGGUGCCGAUGCUGACUUUUGCUUUAGUUUAUUGGCCGUCAUUUCCUCCGCCUUGAUCUGAAGAUUAUUGGGUCCAGUCAACGAUCCUGAUCUGGUGCUUCAUCAAAGUGGUCAUUCCUAAUCUAGUAUUCAAAAUGGGCACCUGCUCAAAGUUUCCGGGUGUUGAAUGGUUUCUUUGCAGAUUGGUGUUUGUUCCACGCAAGCUAAAGCUUCGAACAUAAAAGGACCUCAUAGAACUCGAAAACUAAUGGAAAUAAAACAAAUAAAUAUGGAUUCAUCCCACCUCUCUAAACUGAUAGAAGGGCCCAAAGAGUCCAAUAAUACCAAGGCCUACAGCUCCAAAUACCUCUUCUGUCUAUUCUUGCUUUUAUGUUCUCCAUGUUUGAAUUUCUUCUUCAUCUCUAGAGCCCUCUUCCAAUCGCCUGAGCUAAGCUGGAGCAGCAGAGCAGCCACAGAGGCUGAAGCUGUUGCAGCUCUCUCGUGUUCCGGGCAUGGAUCAGCCUUUGUGGACGGGAUUCUCGUCGAUGGCAAACAUGUCUGCGAGUGUAAUGCAUGCUAUAGAGGCCAAGAUUGCUCGGAGUUUGUGCAGGGUUGUGCUGCUGAUGCUGAAAGUGGCGAUCCCCUGUUCCUGGAGCCAUACUGGAGGCAGCAUGCAGCGAGCAGUGCAGUUGUUGUGGCCGGUUGGCACCGCAUGAGCUACCAAACAGAUGGUGACUACUUCAUCUCCAUCGAACUCGAGAGACACAUUCGAAGACUGCAUUCGCAUGUAGGAAAUGCAAUCACCGAUGGGAGAUUCAUCGUCUUUGGGGCCGGAUCCACGCAGCUGAUCAAUGCAGCAGUCCAUGCUCUUUCUCCCAACAGCUCGGCAUCAUCACCUGCCAGCGUUGUUGCAUCCGUUCCCUACUAUACGGUUUAUAGGACGCAGACCGAGUUCUUCAACUCCCGAGCGUAUGAAUGGAAAGGAGUCACGUCAAAGAUGGGUGGAGAAGUUGCGGCAAAUUUUAUCGAAUUUGUGACAUCUCCCAACAACCCAGAUGGGCGCCUGCAGCAACCAGUUCUUCAAGGUUCAUCCGUCAUCUACGACCACGCCUACUACUGGCCUCACUUCUCGGCAGUCAAAGCUCCGGCUGAUGGCGAUCUCAUGCUCUUCACCAUCUCCAAGCUCACAGGUCACGCCGGCAGCAGAUUCGGGUGGGCGAUCGUGAAGGAUGAAGGAGUGUACAGGAGAAUGCUGAGCUACCUGGGAAUCAACACGAUGGGUGUUUCCAGGGAUACUCAUCUAAGAAGUCUGAAGCUCUUGAAAGCGAUGCUGGCUGAAGAGAGAGGGGCGGCAGGGAGCAUCUUUGGGUUUGCAUUUAGUACCAUGAGGGAAAGGUGGCACAAAUUGAACAAGCUUGUGUCGUCGUCUGACCGGUUCUCCCUCCAACAAAUGCGUCCUGAGUACUGCAGCUACUUUGGAAAGAUCAGGGACCCUUCUCCAGCUUACGCUUGGUUGAAGUGCGAGAAGGAGGAAGACAGGAACUGCCAUGCUGUAUUGAGAGCUGGAGGAAUAAUCUCCCGCGCAGGGUACAAAUUUGGAGCGGAUAACCGCUACGCUCGUCUGAGCCUCAUCAGGUCCCAGGAUGACUUCGAUUUGUUGAUGCAACGGAUGGGUGCUUUGGUCACCAAGGAGAAAGCCAGAAAUAUGUGAGAAGAACGCUUAAUUUGGGAUCAUUCAAGAAAAUAAAGCUGUUGAAAUUUGUUAGGGAAAGCAGCAGCAAAUUUUAUAAUGUUAGCGGACCAAUUAAAUAAAAAAAAAAUGCAGCAUGAACCGUGACUCAGUUGCAUUGGCUGUUUGCCCUUUGUUUUUCCCCGCAAGCAAUGUGCUGGCUGUUAAUUGGAGAGAAGCAACCAACUUGAUCUAAUCUGAUGGCAAAAAAAGUGAAAUGACAACAAAAUUUUAAUAAACAAACAGGGUGGCAACCUAACUUGAUCUCAUCAGAUGGGGUAAAACAAGUUAAAUGACAAGUAAUUUUUCACAAAAUAAAUAGAGUAAUGCAUGCGGCUCCAUUUAUGUGCGCACAAAUUAUUUUCUUGCUGAGUUAUAUAAAUAACAUGCCAAUUAAUUAUGGAGUUGCCAGCUCAGCUGCCGUAAGCUCUGGGAGCUUCAUGCGGGCAUCUGAAGCA